UGUAUGCUUCCACUUUCACGCUACUCGAGCGCACGUGGGUUCCUGGGCAGCGCGUUCGUCCGCGGAGUGGCCUGGAGUGCAGACCCACCGACACCGUGUUCCCCAGUCUGGAAUGAACCGCUUUCUGCUGCCGGUGUCCGUAGUGGGCACGGUGAUCGGCGGCACCGUGCUGCUCAAGGACUAUGUCGCUGGUGGGGCUUGUCCCAGCAAGGCCACCAUACCUGGGAAGACCGUUAUCGUGACAGGAGCCAACACAGGCAUCGGGAAACAAACUGCUUUGGAGCUGGCUAAAAGAGGAGGCAACGUCAUUCUGGCCUGUCGUGACAUGGAGAAGUGCGAGGCGGCUGCAAAGGACAUUCGAGGAGAGACCUUGAACCCCCGUGUACGUGCCAUGCACCUAGACUUGGCUUCCCUCACGUCCAUCCGAGAGUUUGCAAGGAAGAUCAUUAAAGGCACUGGUGUGACCGUCAAUGCACUGCACCCUGGCGUGGCCAGGACAGAGCUGGGACGACAUACGGGCAUUCACAACUCUGCCUUCUCCGGCUUCAUGCUUGGCCCCUUCUUCUGGCUGCUGUUCAAGAGUCCCCAGCUGGCGGCCCAGCCCAGCACGUACCUGGCUGUGGCAGAGGAGCUGGAGAAUGUGUCGGGGAAGUACUUUGAUGGACUCAGAGAGAAGGCUCCAUCUCCCGAGGCUGAAGACGAGGAAGUAGCCCACAGGCUUUGGACGGAAAGUGCCCAUUUGGUGGGCUUGGCCAUGGCUCAUGGGUCCCCUGGAAGAGGACAUGCCAUUCCCAGAUAACCUUCAGAGAUCCAGUUGGAGCUGCAUUACUAAGACUGCUGCUGGCCAUGCCCUCCUCAUCCUCUAGGGGCAGUGUUGCAUUAUUGGGCUCUCAAGACUAUGGCUGCUGGCUGCCAUGCCUUCAUCAUCCUCUAGGGGCAGUAUGGGUACUAUUAAAAUCUCAAGACUGUGGAUGUUGGCUGCCAUGUCCUCAUCACCCUCUAGGGACAGUGUUGCACUGUUAGAACUCAAGACUGUGGAUGCUGGCUGCUAUGCCCUCAUCAUCCUCUAGGUGGCAAUGUUGGUCCUAGCAUUUAUUGUUAGCUGGCUACAUUGAGUUGGACCACAGGUAGGCACUAUUAGAUAUUUUCUCUAUUUAUAUUUCAAAUGUUAUUCCCCUUCCUAUUUUCCCCUCUGAAA